AUGAGUGAGUCAGCAAAUCAAGAAGAACCCAAACCUGCUCAGGAAAAUGGAGAAGAAAACAAAGAAAGGAAACAGGAAGCAACUAAUACGAAUGAGCCCACUGAGAGUUCAUACAGUUUAGCACAAAGUUCUGCAUUAGAUGUUGGCAAAGAUGGGGAAGAAGAAACAACAGAUGAAAUGAAAUUGGAAGGUAGAGAACUAGCCAUUCCCCUACAGCAGCAAUUUUCAAUUGAAUCAAACCUGGAGGAGAAGCCAAAGAUCUCAGCUGGUUCAGAAAAGAAACCAAACAUCGAAAUCUCAAAGAAUGUUGUAGUCAGAGAACCUGCAAGUGUGGUUUUCCAUUUAGAUCAAACUAUAGUGGAUUCAAAGCUAGAGCAACCAUGGAAGAAAAAUCUUUUUGAAAGAGUGGAGGCAAGAGCUCAAGCUAUGCAGCAGAGAAUAAUAGAUAAGGAUAAACUGAAAAAAGAACUAGACAAAAAGGCUGAGAAAAAAAUCCCUAAGGAUACUUUGGCCAAAGAGUGGUUUAAUAUUGACCACAUGACUCUGAAUACUCGUGCAUAUUUGCUUGACAAACUUCUACCCACCUUAGUUGUUGGAAUGGAAAACAUGUUAAUGCAAGUGGAAAAAAAGAAGCUUUUGUCAGAAGCUGAUAUUCCAACUAAGUUUGAUCCAAUUAUUUAUUUGGGGGAAUAUUUAAUGAGAAAUAAUCCUCUUUAUAUCAAAGAUACAGGAAUGACUGGUUAUCAGAGGGAGAUGAAAAAUGUCACAGAAAAUCUGAAAAUACAUAUUACCAACACUGUCUGCAACAGAGUAUCUAGGAUGAAAGAGAAGAUUAAAGAGAAACAAGAACAAAGAGAAUACAUAAACCAAGUCAAAGUCCAGGUGGCCAAUCUACGUCAACAGGCUCUGCAGGAGCAGUUCGAUGAAUGGAUUCUAGACCCUAAGGGGAAAAUUCCUCUGAAAGUGAUUCAGAAUGUUCUUUAUGAUUUUUUUCAAAAUCCAAAUUUCAAGCUUGAAACACUUGCCAAAAAGUUGAAUAUUGUUGACUCAAUGGAGCAAAGAUUGAACAAAAUGGAAUUUACGGAAUACAUCUCUUUGCAUAUUGCAGACCUGAAAAGUGAAAUCUUUGAAGAACUCCUGAAGCACCUCUGCCACUGUGCAGAUGAAUUCCGGGAGAUCAUAAAAGCGGAUAUGCAGAGGCAGAUGUUUGUUGAACUCUUCCUGCAUUGUGACUGUGCCAAGGUAGGGUUUGUGGAUCGGCAGAGGACACUGGCCUUGCUGGAAACAUUCUAUGACCAAAGUCCAAAAAUGCUCAAGCAUUUACUCCGAAACCCGAGACAAUGGCCACUCAUUGAAUUUGAAGAGAUAGAGUUGCCCGAGUUGUGGGGAGACAUGGAUAAUCAGAAACACAUUUAUGAAGACUUUGACAAUGUGUUCUUAGAGGUUACUACAUCACUGUCUGAAAAAAACAAACAAACUACAUUGCUUAAAAAACCAGAUCUACAAAAACAUGAUAAACGUAGAAAAUCAACACAAUUUCUGAGACUACCAGAACAGCAGAGAAGAAAAAGUCCGGGACAAGACCCAAACAAAAUUUUAAGUGAAAUGGACUCAGACUCAACAGCACAAGGACAGCAAAAAGGGGCAACAGCGCGGCCAGGAUCACGCAGAGGGUCACGCAGAAUGUCAGCAGUAGACGAACCACAAACAAGUUCACCUGGAGGAUCACGCACAGGGUCACGCAGAAUGUCAGCAGUAGACGAACCACUGAAAGGGUCAAAAGAAGAAUCAAGCAGAGAGCCAGUAACAGAACAAGGGGUAAAAAGAGAGUCAACUGCAGAAGAAGACUCACACAGAGAGUCAGUAAUAGAAGGAUCAAACAGAGAGUUAGAAACAGAACAAGGAGUACCCAGAGGGUCAAUUGCAGAAGAAGGAGUACCCAGAGGGUCAAUUGCAGAAGAAGGAGUACCCAGAGGGUCAAUUGCAGAAGAAGGAACUCCUAGAGAGUCACCAAGAGGAUCACACAGAAUGUCAGUAACAGAAGAACCAAAUAGAUGGCCCGCUGACACACAAGAAUCACCCAGAGAGUCAGUAGGAGAACAAGGACCACAAAGAGGGUCAACUGAAGAAGACGAAUAUCUUGAAGAGUCAGUAACACGAAGAGGAUCACGCAAAGGAUCACGCAGAACGUCAGUAAUAGAUGAACCACAAGAAUCACACAUAGAUUCAGUAGCAGAACAAAGAUCACAAAAAGGGUCAAUUGCAGAAGAAGCACCUUCCAGAGAUUUACUAACACCAGAAGGGUCACGCAGAGGAUCACACAGAAUGUCAUUACUAGAAUCACAUAAAGUGUCAGAUGAAGAACUAGAAUCACCCAGAGAGACAAUUCCAGAAGAACAGGGCAUAGCCUCAACCUCACCAGCAAGGGAAGAAACUGCAAAGAAGAAAGUUAAAAAAGACAAAGCCUGUGAACCCAAGUCCCAAAAAAUAGAAGGAAAGUCAUGGCCAGGUGAACUUUUGACUUGUGACUUGAAGACGUAUGUAAAAUUCGAAGAUGAGGAACAGGCAAACUUAAUCUAUGAUAACUACAGAUUCACAGACCUACAUUCAAUUAUCAGGAAUAUUCAGUCUUACAAAGUGAAAGGAAGGAGUGCCUUCAAUGGAGUUUCCCUUAAUCUGCUCCAGUUUGUGCAACUCCUGGAGACAUUUGUUGGUGAAGAUGUCCCUUUGAGUACCAGUGAGACCCUCACCUCUUUUUUCAAGUGGGGCUAUGCUGAAACAAAAGAAGAGAAAAUUAGUGACUUGGAAGAGGCUAUACAAAACUCUUUCCAAUUUCGACGGGAACUUCUCCUAGAUGCCCUCUUUCAGUUAUGGGACAGUGAUGGCUCAGGCUUCUUAGAUUUGAAUGAAGUUGAUGAACUCUUGUAUACAUACAAGGAAGGAAUGGAAAAAGAAGCUAUGAAGACAGCUAAAUUACACAUCGAAUUUCCAAAGCCACACCCUGGUCAGGAAGUGAGGUUGUCUUCAAAACAGUUUCAGAAAUACAUAGAAUUGGUUGUAUCUGAACUCAGGGGCAAUGAAGAUCAAGUUCUGGAAAGCCUUGUGGAGUUUCUGAUGACCAGCUUAGAAAGAAGCCAUUUUGAGGUUCUGAGGAACGGUGCGAGACGGAAGUGGCUGCACCAUAUCCAACAUGCUGCAGAAACAAGUGGAGUAUCUUUGGAGCCCGUGUAUACUGCGACCUUUAGGGCCCUCACACAGGAUGCUCAAGUCCAUGGAAAUAAGAAGAUCAGUGCUCACAUUUCCCUCUUAGAAGAAAACCGACUACUGCCUAACAGAGGGGCUGUUCUGUUAAGGAAUGUAGCUUGUACUUUAGAUGAUGCUCCAUUUGUACUGAACAAAGUGCUCUACAGGGACAUGAAGGGAAUUAGCUUUACAGUAAUAGAUAAAGGGAAGCCAGUACAUGUCCCUCAAGUUCAGCACCACGGGAACAUUUUCUUCUGGAACAAUUCCCGCAAGGAGAAUGAUCAAAAUGGAUCAUUCCUGGCUCUGCCUCUUCAGAAUGCAUAUAUGAGGAUCUUUGGGGUCCUGGCUGUUGACACACUAAGAGAUCCCCAGAAAAUAAACAUCUUCUUGCCUCAUGAGAUCAAAUUCUAUCAGGGUGUUGCCAAUGUCUUUAGCACUGCCUAUCACUAUGUGCACAGCCGGGAGCACAUCCUGCACGCUGUGAUCACUGGCAUUAGCUGGCUCUACAACAUCGUACCCAACAUUGACUCCAUCACUACAUACUUCAUUGAGCCGAGCCCAGAACAGGGUUCAGACUAUGUUUUACGCAACAUGAUGGUCACAGGGCCCCAAGGUCUUACAGAAAUCCACAAAAAUCCCCCUAUCAUCUUCAGGAAGUCAUGUGUCUUCAGGGAUUUCCUUUUUAAGUGUACAGACAGUUCAGAAGUUCUUUUGGCCUCUUUCUGUGGAGAAAGCCACAUAGUAAUUCCACUUCGUGAGAGAACAGGAGAGGCCCUGGGGGCUCUCGAUAUUAACAUUGGCAAGAGGAAGAUGUUGUUUUAUCGAGAAUAUAAAGAUCUACAGAAAAUGGUGAAGGUGACCCAAGCUGCCUGCUAUGAAAUACUGGACGAAUUAUCUGGAGAAAAAGAGAAAAAUCGUGUCUUAGAGAUUGAAAAUACGGGAGAAGUUCAGCAGGCAGGAGUUCUCUUCUUCCGAAUCAUGCUACAAGAGCUGCAGAAAAGCCUUAAGCAGCUUACCUCCAAGGACUUUGUAUCACUGUUGCUCUUUGAUUACCGUACUGUACUACAGUCAAAAUCUCUGACAGCCAGCCAGUUACAGCAGUUGGAAGCCAAUGCAAAACUAAUACCUGACAUCGUGACAGCAGUUAUCUUGUUUAUUCAUCCAGAAUUGGAAUCAUCACAGGAUUUAGAAAUGUGGGAUGAAUGUAAACUGAACUUUAACAAACAGUUAGUUGAUAGUAUCUGUGUCUUUGAUCCAACUGCUAAAGAUGUGGAAUUUAAUUUAAACCUCAUUGGUAACUAUAUCAAAGGUCAUUCUCGAACGGAGGUGUGGAAAUCGCGUAGUAAAGUCGUGGAGUACCUAUACCACUGGUUACAUAUCUGUUUAGCUCUCAUAGAACUAAACAAAAAACUCCAUAGUGAUAUUAUACCCCCAUUGCCCUCAAAGGCUGACUCCAGUGUGUAUGCAAAAAUGCCAGGUGCAAGCUUGCUAGGUAAAUGCUAAUGGAAUUGGUGCUAUAUUUAGAAUGUUUUUCUUAUGUUCAGUUUUGUUAACUAUAAAAUAUUUUCAAUUGGAAGAAAAUAGACAUAUAGACAUAUUCUGCUCCUAGACACUUGCCUCUG